CUCAGUGGUGGAAAUGCUGGACUUGGGGAGGGUCGACUUUCAGAUGACAUUGACAAAAUGUAGAUGAGAAGGGAGACUCAUGCUACACGCUGGAACAUCGCGGGCUGCUGCUGUUGGACGGUGGCGCAGGGCAAAACUCCCUCUCCUCUCGUCUCCUCUCCCUCCUCCUCGCCUUCAGCACCACGCGCUUUGGACAGCACCUCUUACCGCGCCAUUUGAACACCUUUCCCUGGAAUAACCACUUAUAAGCCAACUUUAAUGGAUGCGUUUUUGUUUCGUUUGCGCAAGUGAUUAUUUUUUGCAUGUGAAGCUAGAGGAAGCGCAGGAUAUUACCACCUUGGAAAGUCGGGAAAAAAGCAAAACCGUUAUUGUCGACCAUCUUGUUGUGGAAGUUCCGAGCGUCACCUGUGAUUCCUGAACCCUGACCAGUCAUCACCUUGGCUGAGGAGCCGCGAAACUGCUGUCUACGUGGACUGGUGCUGAAUUCCCCCGACGGCCGGUCAGGACCUCUGCGAAACUAAGAGACAUGGCUACCAACGGUACGAAAGCGACCGAUGGACACGUGUUAACGGAGCUAAACGAGGCCCCGACGUCCAACGAUAAACCCAAAACCUUGGUUGUCAAAGUCCAGAAAAAGGAUUUACCCGACAGAGAAACGUGGAAGGGGAAAUUUGACUUUCUACUGUCUUGUGUUGGCUACGCAAUCGGACUUGGCAAUGUCUGGAGAUUCCCAUACCUUUGUGGAAAAAACGGUGGAGGGGCCUUCUUGAUUCCUUACUUUCUGACCCUCAUAUUUGCUGGCGUGCCAUUGUUUCUGCUCGAAACAUCCCUUGGUCAGUACACGUCCAUUGGCGGGCUCGGAGUGUGGAAACUCGCUCCGAUGUUCAAAGGUGUCGGCUGGGCAGCUGCAGUCCUGUCCUUCUGGCUAAACAUUUAUUACAUUGUCAUCAUCGCCUGGGCCAUUUACUACCUGUAUAACUCAUUCACUGCUGAUCUACCCUGGGCGUCAUGUGAUAAUCCCUGGAACACAGAGAAAUGCUUCUCAAACUACAGCUUGCCAAACACAGCCAACUUAACGAGUGCUGUCCUGGAGUUUUGGGAACGUAAUGUCCAUGAGCUGACAGAAGGCCUGGAGAAGCCUGGGGAGAUCAGAGCGCCCCUGGCCAUCACGCUGGCCAUCGCCUGGGUCCUGGUCUACUUCUGCAUCUGGAAAGGUGUGGGCUGGACUGGAAAGGUGGUGUAUUUCUCAGCGACCUACCCCUACUUCAUGCUCUUCAUCUUGUUCUGCCGUGGAGUCACCCUCCCAGGGGCCUGGGAUGGAAUCCUCUUCUAUAUCACCCCAGAGUUCAGCAAACUCAAGGAGUCCGAGGUGUGGCUGGACGCUGCUACCCAGAUCUUCUUCUCGUAUGGAUUGGGCCUGGGCUCUCUCAUAGCACUCGGGAGCUACAACCCCUUCAACAACAACGUUUACAAAGAUUCAAUCAUCGUCUGCUGCAUCAACUCUUUCACCAGCAUGUUUGCUGGCUUCGUCAUCUUCUCCAUUGUGGGAUUCAUGGCUCACGUCACUAAGAGAGAAAUUGCUGACGUAGCUGCUUCAGGUCCAGGGUUAGCCUUCUUGGCCUACCCCCAGGCUGUGACCCAGCUCCCUAUCUCCCCUCUGUGGUCUAUUCUCUUCUUCUCCAUGUUACUGAUGCUGGGAAUUGACAGUCAGUUCUGUACAGUGGAGGGCUUCAUCACAGCCCUGGUGGAUGAGUUCCCACAUCACCUGAGGAAAAGGAGAGAGCUGUUCAUCGCUGCUGUCUGUGCGGUGUCUUAUGUCAUCGGCCUUUCAAAUAUCACACAGGGUGGCCUGUACGUAUUCAAGCUCUUUGACUACUACUCCGCCAGUGGAAUGUGCCUGCUCUUCCUGGUGUUCUUCGAGUGUACCUCCAUAUCGUGGUUCUAUGGUGUGAAUAAGUUCUACGACAACAUUGAGGAGAUGAUUGGCUACAAGCCCUGCUUCUGGUGGAAGCUGUGCUGGGUGGUUUUCACCCCUCUCAUCAUUGGUGGUGUGUUCCUCUUCAGUGCCAUCCAGAUGGUUCCCCUGACCAUGGGCGACUAUGUGUUCCCCAAGUGGGGCCAGGGGGUGGGCUGGUGCAUGGCCCUCUCCUCCAUGGUCCUCAUCCCGGGCUACAUGGGCUACAUGUACCUCACGCUAAAGGGCUCCUACAAGGAGCGCCUUCGAUUAAUGCUCCAGCCGACGAUUGUGAAGAGAGCACAAGAGAAUGGUCCAGAGCAGCAGCCGGAGAACCCCACCCCUGCCAACGAGGAAGCUUACAUCUAAAAACCCCAAUGAAUACCCACAAUGCCACGGGGCCAACAAUGGCGAUGAUGCAGAACCACGUAAUCACUGUUGAACACAACCAAGGACUUCCAUGUCUAAAAGUGUAAUCACCUACCUCCUAGGGACAAACGUGACCAACCUGAUUACUAUCUCUACGUUCGGGGAAAGAGAGCACAAAAAAAUACAACCUAAAAAUAUAUAUGAGAAACCUCUAGCGUUAGCUUGUAUAUCAUAUGCAAAAAAUACUAGUCUAAAAUGUUACCAUGGUAACCCCCGGACAACUGUAAAUUGAACAACGAUGUGAAAUUCCAAGGCCCAACGUGAUUCAACACUACUGUGCUAAUUUAAGAUAUUGACAUGUAAUUAAUCUAUUAAAUAUUGUAAAGAAAAAAAAACGGAAAAAACACGAAUAGAAUAGAAUCAGAUUGUAGUCGAUUGUACUUGACUGAAAUACAGAAACUGAGGUUGGAGAGAAGAUCAAAGGCACAUAAAUGCAAUGCCAGUGGUUGCAUGGCGGGACUGAGUUUCUUGUCCUUUUUUAAGCCAGUGCCCCAUUGCGGGGGUGAGCAAAUGGCAAGGCCAAAUCUCAUGAUGUAUGUAUACUUAAAUAUAUAAUAUGUAGCCUGACUAUCAGUCUUCUCCAAGACCAGACCCUAUGGUUUACAGACCUUUCUUCAACCAGUAUAUACAGGUUAUCCUUAAGAAUAAGCACAAGGCCAGUAUGAUGACGCGAUCUGCCACAAAAGCAAUUGAAGUUUAUUAUGACUGACUGUUACACUUUUAUCUUUGAUUUUUUUUAAACGGAAAAAUACAAAUAUGAGUUUGUAUGUUUUUUAGAUUCAUUUUAGGGUGUUUUCUAUAUGAGACUGAAAAAAAGGACCAAAACCAUAUGAAUCCAUACAGAGGGAAGAUUAAGGCAAGUGCCACCUAGAUUUGGAAUGAAAUAUCAAUCACAUGUGUCAUUGUGCAACCACAGGGUACGGUCUUGCCACCUAAACUUUUUUGGCCAUGUACGGUACGUCCAUUUUGAAACAGUCACUCAACACAAUCGUGUGCCACUCCUCAGGAACUCAGGUGUUCAGUGACCAAAUUUGUUUUUCCUGAAAUUUAGAAGGUGUGAGAAGGUCUUCAACCAACCAGGUGAUGUGGUUGGGGCCACAGGCUGUGUCUGAGUGGUUCACUCAUUCUCUACACAGGUCACACUAUAGGGUCAGAGAUUUCAUCAUGUCCCUAUAUGUUACACCGUGUUGAGGACAAGUGAACGUCUUGGAUUUAGCCAAAGUCUGUUUACAUGACUGUGCAGGUUAACAAUGUAAGCUAAGGACACCAUGGAGAUGAACCAACCACCUUUGCCAACAAGGACAAACCAACAUAUUUGUUGAGUUUUGUUUCUUUUCUUUACUUUUUUUUUCUUUUUUUUCCUCUUAUUUUUUUAAAGGAAACUGAGUUGUUUGGCAAUAAAUAGAGUAUAUUCAAAUAGAGAUGACUAUUAUAUAUGAGAGUUUACUGCUUGUUUCCCUCUAUACCUUAACUUCACCCCCAUAAAAGCACAAAGCUUUAAAUCCACAAGGUAUUAUGAAGAUUGCAUUUCAGUGAGAAGAAAAAAUAAAAAUAAAAUAAAAAUUGUUAGUUUGCUUCUAUGGCAGCUGCACAUGACAGGGAUCUGGAUCAAUUAGUUAUUUCGCUCUUUGCAAAGAUAUCGAACUAAAAUGUGCAAUCGAUCAUGUACGGUGAUUUUGUAUAAAGAUACCAUACAGCGGUUUUCUCUCUGAUAAAAAAAUGUUGUUAAACUGUACUGUGUAAAAGAUGUAACUGUGAAUGUUUGACCUAUGAUGUAUUUGUCUAAAUGUUGAAGAAUCUUAUUGUUUAUUAUUUGCUGUUUUCUGCAAUAACGCUAUGAUCUCAGAAACUAAAGCACAUAUCUUUACGAAAUGUAAAAAAAAAACAAUAAUUACAAAUAAUAAUAUUAUAACAGAAGUGUAAUAAAUAAAAUUGUAGAUACAAUGUCUAGUCAAAGAAUAUUGUUUUGUAUAUUUCUAACUGUUUCAUGGGCCUACUGUAAAAUAUUAUAUGUAAAAAAAAUAUACUACAUGUCUAGAUGGUGUUAUAUAAAAAGCAUGAUUGCCAUAUAUGUUAUCUGAAAAAUAAAGAAUUA